CAGAAGACACGCUUUUGUCUCGCUUUGUGUGAUGCACGAAACGGGAGGUGAAUAUCGAUUGAGUAAAGCAGGAGAUUGAAUCAGUUAAUAAAGAAUCCUGUUAUCGGGAGACAGAGAAUGGAUAUUAAAGAGGAGAUGUCUGAGGCUGACAUAUAUCUCAAUGAGAAAAAGACCAUAAAUGUUAAGGAAGAGGACUGCCAAUGGGAGUGUGCCCACCCUAAACAGGAAAUUCUGUUCAUUAAGGAUGAGGACUGUGAAUUGGUGUCAGUGGGCAUUAAAGAAGAGCCUGAGGAGAACUCUGUCAGCAGUGUGACUGACGUCCAUACAAAUGUGGAGAGUGUCAAGGAAGACCACCUUCAUUACAAACUUCGAGAUGAUGCAGUGACCGCGUUAGCCCCUUGUGAAAGCAGACACUCUUCAUCUCUGACAUCUUUUGUCAAUGUGAAGUUUGAACCAUUACAGUCCGACACAGAGGAGAAUGCAGAAAUUUCAUCUCUUACAACUCGGAAACAUCAAGCAGUGCUUUCAAAGAAGUCUGCAAAAAUUAGCACAGUAAGCAGGGUGUCGCACAGGACUUCUCAGGAUCAUUUAAAAGUAGAAUUAGUGACUGAAAGAAGUGACAAAGAAGGAAUCAAAUAUGACUUAUCUUCUGAAUGUGAUAAACAAAUCUGUAAAAGCAGUACACUUGGGAGCAUUCACACAGGAGAGAAACCAUAUUGCUGUUCUGACUGUGGCAAACAGUUUUCACUAAGAAGAUACCUUACCAACCACAAGAGAAUUCACACAGGGGAGAAACCAUAUUGCUGUUCUGAGUGUGGCAAACAGUUUUCACAAAGAAGCAAUCUUCAGGCCCACAAAAUAAGUCACAUGGGAGAGAAUCCUUAUUGUUGUAUUGAAUGUGGUAAACAGUUUCAACGAAGAGAUAUUCUUGAGACCCACAAAAGAAUUCACACAGGGGAGAAGCCAUAUUGCUGUUCUGAUUGUGGCAAACAGUUUUCACAAAAAAGCAAUCUUCAGAGCCACAAAAUAAGUCACACAGGAGAGAAGCCAUAUUGCUGUCCUGAAUGUGGCAAGCAGUUUUCACAAAGAAGCUAUCUUCAGAACCACAAAAAAAUUCACACCGGAGAGAAGCCAUAUUGCUGUACUGAAUGUGGUAAACUGUUUUCACAAAUGAGCGAUCUUCAGAGACACACUAGAGUUCACACGGGUGAGAAGCCGUAUUGCUGUACUGAAUGUGGAAAACAGUUUUCACGUGUAAACCAUCUGAAGAACCACACUAGAGUUCACACGGGAGAGAAGCCAUAUUGCUGUACUGAAUGUGGUAAACAGUUUUCACUUCUUACCAUUCUGAAAAACCACACUAGAGUUCACACUGGAGAGAAGCCAUAUUGCUGUAAUGAAUGUGGUAAACAGUUUUCACAAGUGAUCAGUCUUCAGAAACACACUAGAGUUCACACAGGAGAGAAUCCAUAUUGUUGUAAUGAAUGUGGUAAACAGUUUUCACAAAUGAUCAGUCUUCAGAACCACACUAGAGUUCACACCAGAGGGAAGCCAUUUUGCUGUAAUGUAUGUGGUAAACAGUUUUCAAGAAAAAGUAACCUUCAUAGUCACAAAAGAAUUCACACAGGAGAGAAGCCCUAUUGCUGUAAUGAGUGUGGUAAACGGUUUUCACAAAUAGACCAUCUUCACAAACACAUUAGAGUUCACAGAGGAGAGAAGCCAUAUUCCUGUAAUGAAUGUGGUAAAACGUUUUCAGAGAUGGGCAGUCUUCAGAGACACACUAGAGUUCACAACAGAAUAAAGGUAGCAGUUCAAAAAUCAGUCCAGAGAAACAAGCAACCUUCAGGACUCGAGAGUGAGGUUUACUCCUGUCUUGAAAAGUAAGCAAACUAAAUUUACAGGGAGUGCAGAAUUAUUAGGCAAGUUGUAUUUUUGAGGAAUAAUUUUAUUAUUGAACAACAACCAUUUUCUCAAUGAACCCAAAAAACUCAUUAAUAUCAAAGCUGAAUAUUUUUGGAAGUAGUUUUUAGUUUGUUUUUAGUUUUAGCUAUUUUAGGGGGAUAUCUGUGUGUGCAGGUGACUAUUACUCUGCAUAAUUAUUAGGCAACUUAACAAAAAACAAAUAUAUACCCAUUUCAAUUAUUUAUUUUUCCAGUGAAACCAAUAUAACAUCUCCACAUUCACAAAUAUACAUUUCUGACAUUCAAAAACAAAACAAAAACAACUCAGUGACCAAUAUAGCCACCUUUCUUUGCAAGGACACUCAAAAGCCUGCCAUCCAUGGAUUCUGUCAGUGUUUUGAUCUGUUCACCAUCAACAUUGCGUGCAGCAGCAACCACAGCCUCCCAGACACUGUUCAGAGAGGUGUACUGUUUUCCCUCCUUGUAAAUCUCACAUUUGAUGAUGGACCACAGGUUCUCAAUGGGGUUCAGAUCAGGUGAACAAGGAGGCCAUGUCAUUAGUUUUUCUUCUUUUAUACCCUUUCUUGACAGCCACGCUGUGGAGUACUUGCACGCGUGUGAUGGAGCAUUGUCCUGCAUGAAAAUCAUGUUUUUCUUGAAGGAUGCAGACUUCUUCCUGUACCACUGCUUGAAGAAGGUGUCUUCCAGAAACUGGCAGUAGGACUGGGAGUUGAGCUUGACUCCAUCCUCAACCCAAAAAGGCCCCACAAGUUCAUCCUUGAUGAUACCAGCCCAAACCAGUACUCCACCUCCACCUUGCUGGCGUCUGAGUCGGACUGGAGCUCUCUGCCCUUUACCAAUCCAGCCACGGGCCCAUCAAGACUCAGUCUCAUUUCAUCAGUCCAUAAAACCUUAGAAAAAUCAGUCUUGAGAUAUUUCUUGGCCCAGUCUUGACGUUUCAGCUUGUGUGUCUUGUUCAGUGGUGGUCGUCUUUCAGCCUUUCUUACCUUGGCCAUGUCUCUGAGUAUUGCACACCUUGUGCUUUUGGGCACUCCAGUGAUGUUGCAGCUCUGAAAUAUGGCCAAACUGGUGGCAAGUGGCAUCUUGGC